GUGAUUUUGUUGUUUUUUCUCGUUCUUGUUCUGCGCAUCGAAUUUUCUUUUCCGGUUAUCGGCUUUGGUGGGUAUUUUCAUCAAUAGUUUUCACUUUUCACCUAAAUUUCACUUAAUCAAACACAUUGCGAAAAAACUUUCAACUUUAUCCCAAAGAUAGAGCGUCUUUUCGCAAACGCUCUGGCAGUGAUUUCGGAAAUUCUGCUUACAUGAGGAAUUGAAGAUGUACGGAGACAGACAUAAGAAGAUACCGAGUCGGCAUAACAAAAACCCAAGCCAUUCGAUGAAUCGGCCAUUGUUCGACAAUGAUUACGAUUUGCAAAUGCAAUCGUUGCCUUCGUUUUACGAUUAUCCGACAACGUCUGGGAAUAGCGGCGAUUUUGGGAGGCACUCGAGUAUGAUUCCUCCGCAGAUGAUGUACCAGAAUGCCCCAAAUCAAAUGGGGAAUCCCAACCAAAGGAGCAGAGACUAUAACCUGCAUAGGGAUCAUAGGCAUUAUGGUGACAACAGGAGAGAGAAAAUACUUCCUAGGGAGCCAGUCUCGUAUCAGAGGGAUGCAAGAACUCCUAUAAGAGGUGGAAGAGACAGAAACUUCGUACCAGGUUUUCAAGAGGCAACAAGACCUAGAAAUCAGGACAAAAGGGCUUCAAGCAGAUCUAAUAGCUCUGCAUCUGAUUUGACAAAUACAGAUGUUGAUUCCAGAAUGUACGUUUGCCCUGGGUGUAAUAAACCAUUUGAAUUUAUGAAUCGAUCAAACCAGUUGGUUGGCAGAGUACCGCUGAUCUUAAACUGCAAGCAUACCACAUGUCAAGAGUGCAUCCACCAUAUGGCUCUUAACGAGAAGAUAGUCUGCCCUUUGUGCCAUAAUCCAUCCGUGUUGGCUGAUAGAAGAUUGAUUGAAGAUCUACAAGAGGUCUUUCCUGUCAACUGUUGCACUCUUGGAAUAUUUGCAGUAGCGAGAUGCAAGGGUAUUCAACAUCGAGGAACCUCUAUAGGACUGGUGCCUGUAGAGCAACAGCAAAUUGCAUUUAAGGAAGCAGUUGCUCCUAAUAUACAAAUAUGUGCAUUCUAUUCCUGUACCAAACCAGCAAAACUCAGGUGCAAAGAUUGCAAUGAUGUGUAUUGUGCAGAUUGCUCGGUUACGAUUCACAAGAGUGGCAAAUCUUUGUGGGGACAUGAACAGUAUCCACUAGAAUUGAAGAACGAAUGCAGUGCCUGCCUGGAAAAGUGCGAAGAGCAUGGUAUGGAUGUAGAAUUCUUCUGUAAGGACUGUCGACAAGACGCGUGUUGUUACUGUUUUCUGGAGAAACAUGGGGGACAUGAGAAGGAUGAUCUUGCUAAGUUGUCUGACGAUGAAAUGGAGAAGCUUCAGACAUACAAGCAGAAUGCAGAGACGAUCUUGAAACAACUCAUGAUUUCUGAAAGGAGAAUCAAGGAUCUUUACAGCUACAACGCGGUAACGGCCGAAAAGAAAAUAUGUUCGUAUUUCAUGAACUUGCACGCCAGGCUUCUGGCGGUUGAAAAAAACCUGCGAAAAGAACUCAAGAACUUCCAAGAUAUCAGCAACUCUUCAAAAAAUCUGGAUACAAUUCAUACGUCUCUAGCUUCGUCCAUCGAAAAGCUGAAGCAAGUCGUGAUCGCUAGCGAUGAAGCCGAUUUUAGAAAAGUGAAUUUGAAGACUCUGCUGACUAAGUUGGAAGAGGUACAGAACGUGCCUUGCUAUUUGACUAAUAUUGAUAAUAAGGGACUCGAUCCAAUAAGAUUUGAAGUUGAUCCGGUGAUUGACAAACUGGACGAUCUUUUCAAAGUUGCCAGAAACGAAAUCAGCGAAUGCACUCUGGUGAGCGUGGAGGAGUUACCUUCCGAUUACAAAAAAGAUCCUGCCGAGCUGCAAUACGAAAAUGAUAUUGAGAGCUGCAUCAGUUCAAUACAUAAGUCUGUCAAGACAGAAGUGAACAAAAAGAGUAAAGAGACUGAACUUGCAGCUAAGUCGAUAGGGAGAAAGUCCAUGGAUAAACGUGAUAAAUUAGAAACUGAAUCUGUCGAGGUAACUCACAUUGAGUCUUUGGAAUGUUUCUACAUACAGUUCAAGAAGAACCAGUUUCGAUUUUUCCAAUUGGAAAAGGAAAUAAAUAACUAUGCACAAAUGGCUGGUCCAGUCGUUCAUCCUGAAUUAAAUAAUUUAUAUUUGGUUAUGUACACAACCCAAAAGGAAAAAAGAUGGUGCCGAGGAAGGCUCGUCGAAUUCAAAAAUGGAGAGAGAGAACCACUUUACGAGAUAUUCUUUAUCGAUUUCGGUAGUACCCAAACGGUGAACAUUUCCAAGUUGAGAGAAAUAACGCCUAAUUUAGAACUAAUAAAACCUUUUGCGAUAAGAUGCGAGCUGUACAAUCCAGCUAACAUCAGCUGGAAUCGCAAUGCUCACGUUUAUAUGGGAAAAAUGAUAAAUGGCAAAGAAGUAUACAUGAUGUUGAAAAAUAUCCAGGACUGUGUACACGUGGUAGAUCUGCUGGUAUCCUCGUCUGAUGGUGGAAUGACGUCCAUAGUUGAUAUUAUGAUCAACACUUGCAGCAACCCGUUGAGCGCAGCUAGUGACGAUAAUUCUAGCGUUUCAUCGUUGCCAAUGGUGCCUUUCUCGUCCGACGUUAAGGUAUAUAGCAACAGCUACAAGUUCAAGAAGAAUUGUUCAUACGAUGUCAUUGUAGCUAAUGUGGUCGAUCCGCAUAACAUCUUCGUUCAGAUCGCGUCGAAUGCGGAAGCUUUACGAAAAGUGACCAGCGCUAUGAAAAGCUACUACAGAAAUAUGGAUACUUUCUCAUGUGUUCCUGUUGAAGGUAGUUUUGUGGCAGUUUUGAACAAAGACGCCAUCAGGGGUCACUGGCAUCGCGCGUUGAUCAAAAAAGUCAAUUUGAACAGUAGCACAGCCAGCGUAAAGUUCAUCGAUUGGGGUAAUAACGUCGUCGUCCCCUGGAACAACAUCAGAAUGCUCGCCGAACAGUUUUGUAGAUUGGAGAGUCAGGCUAUUCUGGUUCGUCUGGCUCAGAUAGAACCGCCCGAAGGAUCGUUAGCGUGGUCAGACAGAGCAACGACGUUUUUGCAAACUUACUUUGCAACGCAAGAACCACUGAAAAUGAAGGCGAUCAACACCGAUCCGUUCGAGGUGGCGCUGUUCCAGAUGAAAGACACUGUGGACAUAUGCGUAAACGCAUUGCUCGUCAGGGAGAAAAUUGCAGUGUCCACUGGUAAAAUUUCCCAAGUGGUUGAAUGGCCUAAUGUAAUGGAGAACCAGGGCUUCACAGGUGAAGAUGGUCUCGUCGAAAGCCUCUUGGAGAAGGCUGAAGAAAGUGACUACGAUGACGGAUCCGAAGACGAUGAUCCGAAUGUCGUCAAACAACCUAUAAACGUAGUCAAAGUCGUCAGUCCCGAACUGAUUCACAUCAAGUUCCAAUCGUUGCUAGAAAAAGAACAGCAGUUGCAUAAGGAAUUGCAGAUACAUUAUUUCAAGGAGCAAGAGACUAAAGAUAGUUGGGAGCUUGACGAGCUCUGUGUCGUGAACUACUCGAACUUCUACAUCCGCGGCAAAAUCGUAGCCAAACUCCCGGACGAUCAAUAUAGAAUCAACGUCUAUGAUUUGGUAGAAGAGGCUACCAAACACGUGACGCAAAUCUAUGUCUGUACGAAGUAUUUUGCUAAACAACCUAACAGUGUUUUCAAAGCACAUUUGGGGAAUAUAAGACCAGCAGGCGGUGAAAAAUGGAGUCUGACUUCCAUCGAGACGUUACAGAAAAUUUUCGGCAAAUACAAGGAUAUCUACGGUACAAAAAUAGCUAUCGACGCGUCAGACAAGCCACAAGCCACUAAGAGCAUUCCUAUGCAUAUGUGGUACACCAAAGUUAAACUAGGUGGCGCUUUAGAGGCGAAUGUUAAGAAAUUCAUCUCUGUCAAUAAUAAGCUGGUUAAGAUGGGAUUUGCUUAUAAAGUGGCACCGAAGCCGGUGCAAGUUGCCAGUCCCAAGGAUGCGAGUGAUAAGCUUUUGGCACCGAUAUGCAACGUUUCUGGCGAUGACGUAGGAGAAUCACCCGUCAAACCGGAAAGUAACGCAGAGUCGACCGUUUUUGGAAACGUCAAACUCCAAAAGAACACUUCCCCUGAUAAAAAUGAUUCUGAGGCGGCCGAAGCGUCCGGUUCACAAAAAGGCAAAGAAACUGUGAAUUGGUACGACUUGGUCGAAGAAGAAGAGAGACAGGCUAGUAGUCAGAACGAUUCGCCGUAUGAUACCAAAGAGGCCGAUAUCGAGGACUGGAUUCCUCCGUUUCCCAUCGAUAAAGAAGAAUUCCACGCUAUCAUCAUAACCGCCGAGAAUGAAGGAUAUCUUUAUUUGAGGGAAGAAUCAUUGCAUAAGGUCUACCUGGAAAUGGAAAACAACAUAAAGGAAUUCUUCGCGAACAAAACGCCCGGCGAGAAGGAGGACCAUAAGUGGGAAGUGGGCCAACUGUGCACGAUAGCCAGCGACGAUGGAAAAUUCUACAGAGGAAAAGUGUACGGUAUCAGUUCGGAGGCUGUCACGGUGGUGAUGAUCGACUUCGGCAGCGAUCAUCUCGUCAAACCCGAUCAGCUGCACAGGGAGAUACUCUAUCCCAAGAUACCCGCUUUCGCCUCGAGGGUCAAACUGGACAGGGUAUUCCCGAAGUGCGGCUCGUGGCUCUCGUCCGACUACGAAUGUUUCCUCAGCCUGUGCCCGAAUUACGCGCGCAUCGUAGUGAAGAGCUCCCUGAAGACGGAAAUGCCGCUGGUCGAAAUGUUCACCACCGACGGCAUAAACGUCAACCAUUUGCUGACGCAGCGUUGUCCGAAUUUGACCAGGUGCGAAUCGUUGGAUUCGAGCAAAUCUGGCGACGAUGAUGACGAAGAAGACGGAGCCGUCAUCGAAGACGAAGAGUCCGUUGAUUAUGAUCCUGAAAAAGACGUGUUGAAUCUCGCAGCUCUGAUACCGCACCAGAAAUACACCAUUCAACCGCUUCCCGAGGCAGAGCCUGACGAAAAAAUCUACAUGACAAUCAUCGCGGUUUUGGCCUUCAACAAAGUUGUGAUCAAACCUUCCAUUUGCAUACCCACCGACGAACUUCUAACAUUAGGACAACACAUUCACCAACAGCACAUGGAUCAGCCGGUUGUGAGGAAAUCGGAUAUCAGGAUCGGCAUGCCUUGCAUCUGCCGGUAUUCUGAAGACGGAAUUUGGUACAGGGCGGAGAUCUUCAAUAUCGAAGGUCUGGACUGCGGUUACGUUUUCGUGUUUUUCGUCGAUUUCGGCAACGUGGAAUCCGUCACGGUGGACAACAUCAGAGAAAUGAGGAAAGAAUGGUUCGAUCAACCGGUGUCUUCGCAUGUCGCCGAGCUGGCAAUCGAACUGAAAACUGGGAACCACAUGGAACAUGUGUUCCAACAGAUUAAACAACUUUACGAGGAGGAGAAGUUAGUUAAAGUGCUGCAAAGGGAGCCGUUACGCGUGCAUCUGUACGAGGAAAAUGGGGAGUUGUGUUACAAUUCCAUGGUGAAACGAGGGUUAUUGACUGUUCGUGACGCGUAGAACAGGCCUUUUGUUUUUGAUUGCUCAAAAGUAUUAACGUUAUGUUUCUUCAUAAGAAAAAGAUUUAUGUUCCGAUAUCUUUUAAAAGGAUGUUAUUGAGUAUAAUACGUAUCAAUAAAACCUUUGAUUUA